UACAGCUCGUGAGAGGUGGCUGGGCUUUCAUGUGUUGAGUGUUUUAGUGCGGUAUUUUUUUACGAUUCCUGGUUGCUGCUGAACAAAAAGGAGCAAUGAAGCUAGUAAUACUGCUAGCGUUGACGGGUUUGUGUGUCGGCCUCCCACACCAUGACUUCGAUGCGGCAGAGCUUAUGCUAGAUAGCUUAUCGGAAAGUGAGCUAGACCAACUUCUAGCAGAGAAGCUUGAAGAGCUUCAAGUAGGCAUUCUGGAUUCCUACAAGGAACAUCUCCGAGCGCAUGAAAAUACACUCCAGCAACUACAUCGCAGUCGCCGAGACUUGCCCCAACGUCCCGUCAUCCCGGCUGACUAUUGGCAUGGCUACGUCUUUGGAACUUUACCCACAAGAGAAAGGACGGUAGUUGAUGCCGUGACUGUUAACCUGGUUCAGAACAUAAACACCAUCCAUGAAGUUUAUCCAAUCGAUCUUCCUAGUACAAGGGCAAUUUACAAGAAUGGCUUGGGCCACGGAUACAUCUACAAAGACGGGAAAAUGAAGCUUCUUAUGGUCCGUAACGUGUGGACAAAGUCGAUGUCUGGAUGUCCCUGUGGAAGCGACUUGUCAGAUACGAGCUGUGCCUGCUGUGCGGCAGGUGGAAGACUUUGCUCACCUAGUGAAGGUCUCCAGGGUAACGUUUGUGUUGGCGGCGAAGGGGAACUUGCCUUGGAGUGCACGCAGUCGGGUAUCAGGCCUCUUACCCUUAAUGCAGCAGUGGCCUUUGACUACCAUGCUGAAGGGCUUCCACACCCACAAAGCCACCGGGAGGUGAUAAUAACGGCUGAAGACAAGAUGGUUACUUUUUACAAAAUGGACGAACAUGGUCUGCAAGAAUUGCAUACUCAGAAAGGUCACAACCAUAUAAAUAUUGGUGAAGAAAUUUCUCACUUGGGCUUGGGAGAAAUCUAUACAGAAGAGCAUGGUGUACUUGUCAAAAAGCGUUACGCCUUUUUCUUUGGUGAAAAGGAGGAAAGUAAAGUUUACUUCCAGAUUGUGGUGAAUAGUACCACUGACAACUUGCAAACUGGCCUGUUAACUCCUUGGGAAGAUCAUGGUUCAGAUAUGAAAGUCUGGCAAAAUGGUGCCCAAGUAAUAAUGGGAGUUUUGAAUGGAACCAACCUGCACCUACACGAGCUAUUGACUGACCGAUGGGGAAGACAACAGCUUAUCUUCCUUCAAAAUAUAGCGUUUCCAAGUGAUGUGAUGUACUGGAAGAGUUAUUCAUCAGGAUUUGAUAGAUUUCUUCUUGCUGUGACUCCAAACACUGCAAGUGUAUAUAUUCUAAAUGAAGGCUUCUAUAAGCAUUUGCAGGACUUGAUGCCUGGUACUCUUGGAGCUUUCAAAGACAUUGUACCCCUCCAGAUCCCAUCUUGCAAAGAUGAUGUGAUUCUCCUGACAGGUUCAGGCACCACGUUGGUUAUCUUUGUAUGGAACAAUGUAGAUGGAAAAUACUUCAAGGCCAAUGAGACCACCAUAUCGGCAGACAUCACUGGAUGGGAGCGAAGCUUUGGAUCUGUAGAAGUUGCAACUGCCGCAACUCCAACUGUGCUAGUACAAGCUGCAGCAGGUGUUGCUGCAAUAGAGGUAACUUCCAGCCUCCAUGACAUUGUUGAUAGAGAGGUACAAGAAAGUCAGCAAUUGCAAACUGCAAAGACUUAUAUAGAGAACGAGUACACAAGACAGACUACUGUCAUGUCCACCAUGCAGAAUAGAGUGGAUAAUGCAAUAAACAUACACAUUACUACAAAGUUAUCUGGAGACUUCACAAUGAACAAGAUUGUUGUGGAUGGGACCUUGGCAACCAACGACUUGGAAGCUGUUGAUUUAAAUUUCCCGAGCACAGACUUCGCUUCGGGUGUAUCAUAUGACGACUACAAAGCACGUCUUGCAAAUAUUAGUAGCUCUUUCACCUGGCUCGAUAACCUAAGUGCAACAAUGACCCAGUUUUCUGCAACCUUGGAGGAUGCAGUAAAGGUUUCUGGAGUAAACCCAAAAAUAACUGGAAUAAAGGAAGUUGUAGAUGGCUUGACUGUAAGUAACCUUGCAACCACUGAGGUGUCGGUUCAGGAAGUGGUGGAUAAAAAUGACCAAGUCUUCCCUCUAACUGAAUAUCUAGAAGGCUUAAUAAGUUUCAGUGAUGCCCGCAAGAUAACUGGAAAGAAGACCUUUGCAACGCAACUUGAUGUUACAAACCUUUAUACUCCUUCUCUGGAUGACAUUCCAGUUAGUGACAUUGCAACCACAACUGGACAAUAUAACAUUGCGGGUACUGUAAGCUUCCCCACGCUGAAUGCUGAUAAUGUAAACCUCCCACCCACUGGACCAGUUGGUGGUAUUGAUCUCUCCAAUGCAGUGCUGUUGAAUGGACCAGCCAAAUUGGGUUAUGUUGCCUUUGACAAGGACUUGACUGUAGUCCAAGACUUGAAUGUAGGCAGUAACGAAGUGGAUGGAGUAGUAAUCGAUAACUUGUACAGGAAUGCACUAACCAAAGCAGGUGGAGAAAUAAAAGGACCACUUGCUUUCACUAAUGAUGUGACGGCGAAGUCUCUCACUGCUUCAUUGCUAUCUGGUGUCAAAUCUUCUGACUUCUUGACAUUUACAGUUUUCAAGGAUGAGGCUAGUCAACUAACGGGCCGACUAAAGUUGCCAACACUUACAGCCAAUGCCUUGCAAGUACAAGGCAAUGUCAAUGGUAGGGUUUUCCCUGCUGACUUGCCCCUUAAAACCGAUUCUGCUUUGAACCUGGGCACAAAAGCCUUCAACACUCUGACUUGUCACGAUCUUACAGUUGACAGUGGUUUAACUGUUAAUGGUGUCCAGUUUGAUAAAUUGGUUACUCUUCACAGACCUCAAAUAAUUACGGGGAAUAUUACUCUUGCUGAAUCUGUAAGCAUACUAGGAAAUCUAGAUGUUUCGACUGGUAUUGUGAAAGGGAUGGACUUCAAUGAACUCAACAAGAACUUGACAGCAAUCCUGAAUACUCAUAAUAUAUUUGAUGUUAUAUUUAAAGAGACCGUGUCUCUUCCAACUGUAAUUUAUAGUGGCAAACUACGAGGUCUGAACCUAGUUAGCCUUGCAGGGGAUCUAAUCUACACCUCGGAUAGUUCUGCUCUGGUAACUGGUACCAAAACUUUUAAUGCCGAUCUUCAGACUUCUAAUGCCAUGUUCAUGAGCACCUUCAAUGGUUUAAGUUUUGAUGAGUUUGUAACGACUAAUGAUGCUAAAACCAUCACUGGAGUAAAAACUUUCAACAAGCCACUUACUUUCUCAUCAAAUCUUGACGUAACGGGUCUAGUUGAUGGUGUGGACUUGAAGCAACUCUUUGAUUCUGCCCUCUACUUGGACAAGGUGGGACAAGUGGUAACAGGAAGGAAGACCUUCACCAGUACAGUGUCGGCUGGAGAACUAGAUGUGCAGGGCAGAGUAUCUGGUGUGGACUUCACCAAGGUGCUGGCUAACUCUGGUGCCCAAACCUUCACUGUUCCCCAGAAGUUUGCAGCAGCCUCCUUUGGUGCUCUGGAUACUAGCCAAAUCGAUAUGUCUGAUGGCUUCACAAUGAAUGGCAUUGACAUUUCUGUGCUGGACAGCAUUCGCAUGAGCCGCAAGAAUCCUACUGCCCACUUGGGUGCCCUAACUGUAAAUGGAAUGGUAUCUGUUCUUGGUGCAUUUGAUGCAGUAAACAUCGAUGGGCAUAAUGUUGCACAGUUGAAGAACAACAUUGUCACAGAUGACAUGGACUCGAUCAUCUCAUCGGAUCUGAGCUUUGCAAGCCUAACUGUGAAAGGAUCUGUAAGUACAGCUAACAAGGCUGGUGCUAAUGGCAAGAACAUAAGCAGAAUCCACGAAAAUGCAGUCUUCCUAGGAGGUAACAAUGCCAUGACAGGAUCUGUGACCUGGGGUGACCUUGACCUGCAAGACGAUGUUGCAGUUGGAGGACUUGUCAAUGGGAAGGACCUGCAAGUGGUGCACAACAAUGCAGUGUAUAGAGAUGCAAGCUCGGUCCAAAUAACUGGCAAAAAGACCUUUGCAGAGUUUUCUGUUAAGGGAAAUAUCAACACAGGAACUACAAAUGGCAUUGACCUAGGUGCAAGACUACUAACCCUAAAUACAGACCAGGAUGUUACAGCACCAUACGAGUUCUUCUCUCUGAAUGCCGAAAAGGAUCUUACUCUAGGCGGCACCUUUGAUGCAGUAGACCUUGAAGCAUUGGAUAGUACAGCUCUGAAACAAAGUCUGGAUGAAACCAAUGACAUCAUCUUCGAAGGAGUCCAAGCAGAAAAUGUGGAUCUUGAGAGUAAUCUAAAUACAGUGAAUGUAAAUGCUAGGUUACUUGAUGCAGUUAGGCUCCAAGCACAAGACUUGGCAAUCUCUGGGAAGAAAACUUUCCUUAAGGACACCACCUUCAAGGGUCUUAAUGUUAAUACCCUUAAUGGCAAGGACUUGGCUUACUAUUUGAGCCAUGCUGUAAGAAAGAAUCUCCCCAUCAGUCUUGCAUCACCCAUUCAAGUAAAUGGUUUAGUGAGUGCACCAUCUGUCACUGCAGACUCUUUAACCAUCGAGGGAACUGUGGAUAAUGUAGAUUACAAGACUCUAAUGACCACUGCUGUUCUACUGGACGACUCGAAGAGUCAUGGUAUAACAUUGGAUUUCAGAACAGACCUUUCUGUCCAAGGUGCCCUUGGAGCUACAACCCUUAAUGGCUAUGACUUGGCAACACAGUACCUCACAACAAAUACUGUACAGACGCUCUCCUCCUCAAAUGUGCAUUUUGGAGACAUUGCAACUGGUGGCAUAACCGUCGACGGAUUAGUUAACACUAAGAAAUUGCCGGAUGAAGUUGCAAAUACACUAAAUGUUAAUGGUGGGCAGACUGUAACUGGCAUGAAGAGCAUAACUGGCCUUGUUGAAGUGGUUAACAAUGUAGAAGUAACCGGCAACACUAACAACAUAAAGAUGGCAACUGAGGCAAUUUAUCUAUCUGAAGCACCUACAGUCCAAGGUCGCCUCAAGUUCUCUACUGGCUUGACCACUUCAUCCCUGACAAGCAGCACCAGUGUGAUAAGUGACCUUGAUAUGAGUGACCUGUCCAGUAAUGCAUGGUAUUACAAUGAGAAUGCUAUAAUUUCGGCAAACCUGAUGUUCGAUUCUUCCGUUACUAUGAAGGACUCGUUAAGAGUUGUCGGCACCAUUGAUGAAUUUAACAUUGGACAAGUGUAUAACGAUGCCAAACAAGCCUUGAACCAAUAUUCUACUUACAACGAAGGAAUUAAGAGUGAAUAUGCUGUGAAGUGCCCUCUCAUCAUGGAAGCUCACAAUGAUACUGGGAAAGCCAUAUUUGAUGCAGACUACUUCAGGCUUGUACAAGACUUUAAUCUUGGUAAAACGCAUCAUGCCUCUACAACUUUCAGGGCUUCAGACACUACUUAUGUCAUCAUAAGCUGGGAGGAUGAGUGCAGCUCAACAAUGUACAGGUUUGACGAAUCUUCGGGACAACUUGUCGGAGUACAAACGCUUGUAGGGUCGGGAUAUGGUAGAGACUGGUUAGCAGUUGAGCAAGGUGGUGAGACCUACUUGGUGAUGGCUGCAACAAGUGAAGGAAAUGCCUGCACUAAACAGAAUAGUGUAGUCUGGAAGAUGUCUAACGGUGCACUAUCGGUAUACCAAGAUCUGCUUCCUGGUACUACAAUUACUGCAAGUAACGGCAUUCUAUAUCUAACGGCUCUAGAUGCUACCCAUGCAUACAGCUUUGAUACUACAAGUUUGCUCUUCACUCUAAUUAGUACAGAUAGUGCUGAAAUGGGUUCUGCAUUGUUGUCUAAAUCUGGACACCUUGUGACUGCAAUAAAGAAGCAGGACCAGUUAGUCCUAAUGGUUGAAGGAAAUGAAGUCUCCUCCUUAAGAGUGACUGUUGAUGACCUUGUGCUGUUUGAACAAUAUGGCAAAAUAUUCCUCCUGGCAGCAGUAACCAGGAACCCUAUCUCGGGAAUGGAAUGUCACCUGGAGCUGUACAACUUGGACCCACUUGCAAUGACUUUGAAGUGGUUGGAUUCAAAACCACUGUAUGAAGCUGCCACAAUAACCUCUUUCUACAGUGGAAAUGCAAUUAGUGGAAAAACCAUGGCAGUAGUCAUGCAAGGAAACUACUACCCAACUGUUUAUUCAGUACUUGGCUCAGAGUUGCAGUUCUUCUCGGGUCUCUCUACCCCAAGAGUAACUUGGGCUCAGCAUCUAAGUGUGCCCAACGAGGUUUUCCCAGAUAUCCAAGAUCACUACUUGCUGAUGGGCAAAGACUCCUCUGCUAAGCUUCUGUACCUCGAAAUGAAUGGCUUGACGCAUGAAGCCUUUGGCCACGCAUGUCAUGUGGAAGUCUUCAAAUACCCAGAAUUAAUACCGCAAGUGUAACAAUUUUAAAAUUUUAUUAAACUGUUUAAGUAAA